AUGAUGUUUAACCGAUUUAUUCCGUCUUGUUGUAAAGAUUAUAUAUGUGAUUGUUGUCUAACUCCCAUUGAAAUUAUUAAUAAAGAUAUUAACGAACAACUUAAGCAAUGGCGUCGAGAAAAUUUACAUGAGAGAAAAUUACUUCUCUUAGGAAAUGCCGAGGCUGGAAAAUCGACAUUUCUCAAACAAAUGAAAUUAAUUCAUGGUCAAGGUUUUAAAACAGACGAAAAACGUCGACUUAUUCCGUUUAUCUAUCGGCAAAUACUUAAUGUUGUUCGAUGUAUUUGUCGAGCAAUGCAUAUUCUUCAGAUUAAAUUUGAAAACGAACGGAAUGAAGAAUUUGCUCGUUUAUUGAGUUUACCAAAUGAUCAUGACGAUGAUGAUGAUGAUAGUCUAUCAACAUUAUCACCUCGAAUGGUUGAAGCUAUUCGAUAUGUUUGGUCCGAUGAGGGUGUUAAAAUAUGUUAUCGUCGACGACGAGAAUAUCGAUUAGCAGAUUCGGCAAAAUAUUUUUUGGAUGAUAUAGAUCGAAUUUCUGCAAAAGAUUUUGAACCAACUGAGGAUGAUAUAUUAAGAGUACGUAUUCCAACAACAGGUAUCGUUCAAGAAGAUUUUCAAUUUUCUCAUGUUCGACUUCGAAUAGUCGAUGUUGGCGGACAAAAAACAGAACGUCGAAAAUGGAUUCAUUGUUUUGAUAAUGUCACAUCUAUCAUUUUUCUUGCAUCUCUCAUUGAAUAUGAUCAAAAGAUCGAUGAUCAACCGGAUCAGAAUUUAAUGGAAGAAAGUUUGGGUAUAUUUCGUAUUAUUCUAUUAUCCGAUUACUUUGCCAGUGCGUCUAUUAUUCUUUUUCUUAACAAAACUGAUCUAUUUCCAGAACGCCUUGCUGGCAAGCCUAUUCAACAUGUUUAUCCUGAAUUUGAUGGUGCUGAAAAUGAUGUUCACGCUGCUAGAGAAUUUAUAAAAAAUAAAUAUUUAAAUUUAGUUCCAAGAAGUGAACGAUAUACAGAAAAAAAUAUCUAUCCUCAUUUUACAUGCUCUGUCGAUAGCAAAAAUAUUCGAAUUGUUUUUGAAUCAGUCAAAGAUUCGGUUCUCGCACAUAAUCUCUACUAUUGGACACCAUAUUGA